GUUUAGAAGGUCUCUGUACUUAAAUUCGUGGAUUUCCAUUUUGCCUUUCUAGGAAGUAAACCACGUGCGGAAUCGUAAUGUGGAUAUGAUGAAUCAACUUCGGGACAAAGACAAGGAAAUCGAUCAAUUGAAUGGAGAAAUAGAAGAGUUGAUAGAACAUCAUAAUUCUGUAGUUGAAGAAUUGGACGAGCACAAAUCUGGUAUUCAUCAACGAGCGCAAGAUGUAGAGCGUCUGUCGAAACAGAACAGUGACCUGAUGACACGAUUACAAGACAUAGAGGGUUCACUUCAAGACGAAGAAGUGGCUCAUAAGGAUGACGUUGCAAGGCUUACGGGAGAACUUAACGAAAGAGAAAAAGAAAUUGAAGACCUCGAUGUUCAAAUGGAAAACAUGAUUGCCUUUAUAGAAGAACUCGAGCAGGGACAAAAGGACCGUGAUGAACGCAUUGCCACUCUUGAGAGUCGAUUGGAUCAACACGCCGAAGAAGACCGUCUUUAUGAUCAAGAUGUCGAUCUUUUGGAAAGUCGAUUUCAGCAGGCUGAAAAGGCUAUUCAAGAUAAGGAGAACAUCAUCAAGAAUCUUCAAGAUGAAUUGGACGAACGCCUGGAAAGCUUACAGGUGUUACAAAACGAAUACCAAGACGCUGAGCGACAAAUGAAACAUGGCAAGCGAGAAAUGGAAAAACUUAUACACAAGGUUGAAGAAUUGGAACAAACAUUGGAAGAGCGGUCUGAAUUAGCGCAGCAAACUCAAACCCAGCAUGAGCAUGAUUUGCGCGAAAUUGAUAUCCGGUUUCAAGAGACCGAGCAGCUAGUCCAUGAACGAACACGGCAGAAUGCCGAUCUGAAGAACAGACUAGACACGAGCGAGACACGUGGAAAGGAACUUAAACUGCAACAUGAAAAGGAGAUUGCGCAGGUCAGAGAGGCUUUGACGACCAAGAUGACCAAGCUGGAACGAAGUUGGGCUGAGAGACUCCAUACCGUGGAAGCUCAACUCAAAGAAUCGGAAACCAAAUUACGUAGGGACAGGAAGGCGGCUCAGGAUAAGAUGAAUGAAUUGGUCGGGAGUCAACUGGCUCUCAAGGGUAAACUAGAGGCCGCUAACAAACGCAAUGCGUCAUUUAAUGAAAGAGAUCCCGGGCAAGAAUACGAACUUCGUCAGGAAUUGGAGCGUCAUGCUGCCAUGUUACAUAGCGAGCAACAACGAUACCUAGAGUUAGAUGAAGAACAUGAAGAAUUACUAGAAGCACACGAACAACUCAAGCGACAACUCAUACGGCGAGAUAAUAUGAUCACCAAGGCUUUGGAGAGAUUAGAAGUAAGUAGCAGCGCACAAAAAAGAAACUUCUUUUGUUACAAAGUGCGCAGUGCGUAAUAUUGGGUAGUCCUUUAUCCGGGCCCAUGCUCUGUCCUAAUAACAUGAUUUCUCCUCCCCUUCAGAACAUGAAUGAACGAAAAGAGGUGAUUGAGAAUGUCUUGUUCCGUCAAGCAACGCAAGACCUUGAUUCUACUUUAAGAUCCAUGCCUCGAUAGCCAG